AUGUCGGUCCAAACUGCAUCAACGAGUCCACCUCUUUCCUUCAGCUUCCCAUCUCACCCAGAUAUAUUGGAUUCAGUUGACGAAGACACCCAAGAGGAAGAGGGUGAUGAGGGGACUGAUUUUGUCGCUCGAUCCCCGCCAAUACUGACCGCCAACCAGUAUGUUGAACCAGAUAUGUUGAUGGGUGUCUCAAUGGGCUUUAAACCACCAUCAAUCUCCACAAUAUUGUCACCUAUGGGAGAGGCCAUGCCCAAUAUUAUAACAUUACCAUACGGGAAGGCACCAAUAUUUCACAUUCAGUCACCCUCCUGGCGUCACCUGUUGAAGCUAAUGGCGCGAUUGAGUGGGACUCGCGUCGAGCCCACCAUAGAAGCUCUUACUGUUGCAAAAGAUGAUGAGCUGAAGUUGAGAACCGUAAUUCAGUUUGUCAAGAUCCAUCACUCUGCUUCGGAAUGGCGAACAGUUAUCUAUUUGACGACUGACAUGCCAGUACCUCCAUCAGUCACAAACUCGCAUAAGUAUACCAAUGGCGAUGUAACCGUACUUCCUUACUCUUAUACUCUUUCACCACUACCGCAGCUCCUCCGUGAUGGGGCUGAUUCGCCAAUGGCAAAAUACUAUGUGGUUCCCGCGACUUCCACUCCAUACCCUACACUUCCAAUCAACUUUCCCAACCUCGCAAUGUACUUACAAUCAGCUGUCCAGGCCUCCAGGAAGGCCGCUCACGAUAGCUCCAGUGGCCUUCGGAGGCUUGCUCUAAAUAUCGACUCUUGCUAUCCCAGAGACAACGGGAGGCCGAUCAGUACAGACUUUUCUGAUACCUCUCGAAGUCUGGGUGGGAUGUUUAAACGCGUUAUCAACCGCGGAAAAACUCCAAGAGGACGAGGAGGUAACGAAGAGAUUUAUGAUCUAGUCACCCCGUUUGUGCCAGAUGAAUGGGGUUAA